AUGGGUUUAGAAGAUAGUAAAAUAUUGCAAAAAUUUAUAAAUUUUGGUGAAAAGAAAGCUGGUAGUUCAACUAGAGGUAUAUACUUUGGUUUAUUCGCUGCGUUUGGGGGUUUUCUUUAUGGAUAUGACACAGGAACCAUAUCGGGGAUUAUGAGUAUGGGUUAUGUUAAGGAGAAUUUUGCUCAUGCUGAAAAUGGUUAUGAAUUUACAGCUGGCGAAUCUUCAUUAAUUGUUUCAAUUUUAUCUGUUGGUACAUUCUUUGGUGCUUUAUUAGCAACUGUUCCUUCUGACAGAAUUGGUAGAAGAUGGACAUUAAUCUUGUCAACAUUGUUUGUUUUUAAUUUAGGUAUUUUAUUACAAACUAUUGCCACUGAACAAAAAUUAUUAAUUGCUGGUAGAGCUAUAGCUGGUUUUGGUGUUGGUCUAAUAUCUUCAGUUAUUCCGUUAUAUAUUUCAGAAGUCACUCCUAAGUGGAUUCGUGGUGCAAUUAUAUCAUCAUAUCAAUGGGCAAUUACUUGGGGUUUAUUCAUUGCUGCUUGUGUCAAUAAAGGAGUUUCAAAUAGGGAAGAUUCAGGUUCAUAUAGAAUUCCUAUUGCUAUUCAAUUUGCAUGGGCUUUAAUUUUAGGUAUUGGUAUGAUUUUUCUUCCGGAAACUCCAAGAUUUUGGGUAUCAAAAGGUAAUGAAACAAAAGCAAGAGAAUCAUUGAAAACUAUUAGAAAUAUUCCUAUUGAUCAUCCAGAUUUAAUUGACGAAUAUGACGAUAUAAAGGCAAAUUUUGAUUUUGAAAGUCAGUUUGGUUCUACUUCAUGGUUUCAAGUUUUCAGAAAUGUUAAUAAACAACGUCAAAGACUUAUAAUGGGUAUUUUAAUACAAGCUUUACAACAGCUUACUGGUGUCAACUUUAUUUUUUAUUAUGGUACACAAUUUUUUCAAAAAUCAGGUAUAACUAAUCCAUUUUUAAUUCAAUUGGCAACAAAUAUUGUAAAUGUUGGUAUGACAGUCCCAGGUAUUGUUUUAACUGAAAUAUGGGGAAGAAGAAAGCUUUUAAUUACUGGAAGUAUUGUUAUGGCCGUUUCACAACUUAUUAUUGCAAUUGUCGGAGUUGCAUCAGAUUCACAUUCUGCCAAUCAAUGUUUGAUUGCCUUCACCUGUAUCUUUAUUGCUGGUUUCGCGGCAACAUGGGGACCAUUAGCUUGGACUAUUUGUGCUGAAACAUAUGCUUUGAAUGUAAGACAAAAGUCUAUUGCAUUAUGUACUGCAUCAAAUUGGAUUUGGAAUUGGGGAAUUGGUUAUGCCACUCCUUAUAUGGUUGAUUCAGGACCAGGAAAUGCUGAUUUAGGAUCCAAAGUGUUCUUUAUUUGGGGUGGAUGUAAUGUUAUUGGUAUAUUGUUUGGUUAUUUAAUGGUCUAUGAAACUAAAGGUUUAACAUUAGAACAAGUUGAUGAAUUAUAUUUGAAAGUUCCAAAUGCCAGAAAAUCAUCUAGUUUUGUACCUACAGAGCAUGCAUUUAGAGAUGAUGUUCGUCAUGAUUCAGUUUCUUCAGAUGGUAAAGCUGAAUUAGUUGAAGUUGAUGAAGCCUCAGUUUAA